UAAUAUAGGGUUAAUCCUCUAUACCUUGUUCCCGAUUUCAUGUGUUCUUUAUUUCCUUCUUUAAUUUCUAGUAUUUGUUGAACCAGAAAGAUCUAGUUUAUACAUCUCUAUCAUAGUGGUGUUGGAAACGAAGUAUUUAAGGUUUGCUUCUUUUCUGUUAGCACGCAUCCAGUGACCGAUGAAUCUGUUGUCGGAAUAAGUGUAAGCGCAGCAAUAGAAUUCGCAGCUCUUGUGCCCGAGAAAAAGAAAGCAAUGGUGAUGUAUGAGAGGCUUUUCAGUGGUAAAAAGAAAAAGGAUUUCAAAUACAUUCAUUGUUGGGAGCUUCUUAUAAAGAAUCCAAAAUGGUGUACAAAUCAGCUUACCAAAGCUUCUGCAUCAGAUAAGGAUGAUUUGCCAAAUGGAAAGUCACCAGUAGCAGAUGAAUGUACACCCGGAGAAAGUUCUUGUAAAGAACUUGACCGACUUAAAAGUGAUGAAAUUGUGCGCCCCCAAGGAAGAAAAAGUUGUAAAGAAAAGAAGAGGAAGUUGAAUGAAGAAAUUGGAAUGGUAGAAGCAAUAAAUAAAUUCCAAUGUACCUUAGAUAAGCAAAUUGAGUUGAAGAGGGAAUACCUACAAAAAGAGUAUGUACUCAGAGAGCAGGUAAUGAAGCGAGAGAUAGAACUCAAAGAGCACAACCAAAAGAUGAGAGACAGAGCCCAACAAAGAGCUGAUCAAGAACGCAUUAUGCACCUUGAUUUGAGUAAGCAUCCAUCAACUGUGCGGGCCAAGUAUGAAAUCGUACAGGCUGAAAUAUUGAAGGAAUGGGAAAGUGGCUGUUUUUCAGGAAUCUAAAUAUGGUUGAUAUAUAUUUAGCCUUUUAUCAUCUCGUACUGAUAUUUCAAUAGUUUUUGAUUAUGUUUAGUUGGAUAAUUAGCUUUGUUGGAUGAUAUUUCAAUAUUUAGUCUUUCUUAGUUGCACACUUGCUACAUUUAAAUACUGGUAGUUUCUUUUUAAUGGAUUCAGAACAUAGUGAGUAAACUUUCACAUGAAAUUGUAUUGUGGUUUAUAAGUGUUAUGGAUUUGAUUAAGAAGGCAUCUAUCCUUCAUUCCUUCAAACACACUUAGACUGAGUCUUACUGUCCUGUAAAGGAAAUAUACAGAAAAGAGAGAUGGCAUGUUUCCCCAUUAUUACAGAAGAAAAGGCUGCCACUAUGGCACAAAUAAAAGAUGCUUGUGAAAACUAGGGAUUCUUUGAGGUGAUGGACCAUGGGAUUUCAGUUGAGCUUAUGGACAAGGUGGAGAAGUUGACAAAGGAUCACUACAAAAACAGUAUGCAACAGAGGUUUGAGGAAAUGGUGACUGCCAAGGGGCUCAAUGGUGUCCAGAGUGAAAUUGAUGAUCUUGAGUGGGAAUCCACUUUCUUCUUGAGCCAUCUCCCUUCCUCAAAUAUCUGUGAAAUCCCAGAUCUUGAAGAUGAGUAAAGGAAGGGCAUGAAGGAGUUUGCAGUGGACCUGGAGAAGCUAGCAGAGAAGCUGUUGGAGUUGCUAUGAAGUCCAUAAGGAGCACUUUGACCAGCUCUCCAAUUUCCACUAUCUAAUUAAUUACUCUUGAGCUACUAGUAUGAAAAAAAGAGCAUAAUGAAUAGCUCUUUUUAUUAUUGUGGGUUAUGUCUAAUGCAGUAUUAAUUGUGGGAUCUAUCAAAUAACAGUACUUUCUUUCAGGGCCGGCUAGAGUAAUUAUGAGGCCCUAGACGGUCAUGUAGAAAUUUUGUUUUAAAUAUGUUUUAUUUAACCCAAUGAUAUAAAAAAU